UGGCUCGCUGUGUCACAGAGAGUCCCCUUAAGCCUACGUGACAACUCGCAUACUGUCCCUUUGUGACCAGCUUAAUCGGCAGAAUGCCCGGUUUCUGCGUGCUUUGUUUCGCGGUCGUUCUAGCAGCAUUCACCCGGCUCGCCGGGACCGUGGGGCCGGUGGUCCGAUGCGAGCCGUGUGACGCCGGGGCACUGCUGCAGUGCAAGCCGCUGCCAAAGGACUGCGCGGAGAGGGUGAGGGAGCCCGGCUGCGGCUGCUGCAUGACGUGCGCCCUCGCCGAGGGACAGGCGUGUGGAGUGUAUACGGGGCGCUGCGGUUCCGGCUUGACCUGCCAGCACCAGCCAGGAGAGAGUCGACCCCUGCAAGCUCUGUUGGAGGGACGGGGAGUGUGCUCCAGCGCCGCAUCCAAAAAACUCAGCAGCCUUCUCAUACCGGCGCAAAAACAAGAGAGUGUCAGGGAUCAGGGAGAAGAAGGCCGUGCCAACGUAACCACAACGAUGACGGUGCUGCCCGGGGUGGCAGGUGUGGAGGGCGGGUUUAGUCGGGGAUCGAUGGACACAAGACCCCCGCUGCACACCAAACUGAUAAAGAAGGAUCAGAGUAAGAAGAGUCAGAGCUACAAGGUGGAGUCAGUGUCGGGAGGAGCCAAUACAGAUAUGCACAACUUCUCCCUGGAGAGCAAGAGGGAGACCGAGUAUGGGCCAUGCCGGAGGGAGAUGGAGAGCAUCCUGAACAGUCUUAAAAUCACUAACGUGCUCAAUCCCAGAGGCUUCCGCAUACCCAACUGUGACAAAAAGGGCUUCUACAAGAAAAAACAGUGCCGUCCAUCCAAAGGGAGGAAGCGGGGCUACUGCUGGUGCGUGGACAAAUACGGGCAGCCUCUGCCUGGCUACGAUGGCAAGGAGAGGGGCGAGACACAGUGCUACAACCUGGAGAGCAAAUGAGAGAAAUGGGAACGAGAGUGGAUGGAGUGCGAGUGUGGAGAGAAAGAAAGAAAGAGCGAGAAAGAGAUUGGGGGGGAGGGUGAAGGAGGGAAAAAAACAGAGAAAGAGAGAGAGAGAAAGAGAGAGACAGCCUUCUUUGCUCCUGCAUGUAAUUUUAUGUAAACAUUUGAAGGAGCUGUGGACCUUUGAUUGCAGGUCACAUUUCUGUCAGAGAGGGAGGGACUUGGGAGAGGAGAAAGGGAGGGGGAAGGGGUGGGCUGGAGAAGACUUAGGAGCAAAGCCUAGGCGACUGGCCAAGCCUCCUGUCCAUCACAGCUGUCUGUUCUGUGCUUAGGGAGCCUCUAUCCUUUCUAUUGGAAAAAAGAAGAAAAGAAAAACAAAAAGACAGAAAGAGAGAGGGAGGAGAGAAUCUUAUCAUCUGCACUAUUCUUUUAGAGAGAGAGGAAGGAGGGACUUUUCCACUCACUUUAAAGAGGACUUGUUUGUGACUGUGACCCCCACCGCAACACGUUUGUGUGUGUGUGUGUGUGUGUGUGUGUGUGUGUGUGUGUGUGUGUGUGUGUGUGUAUGUAUGUGUGUGGUUUUGUCUGUGUGCACCUGCAUAACAUACGUGCAUUUGUGCACAACUGCAUGUCUGUGCAAGAUUGUGUGGGUGUGCUUCCCAAAGUGUUUUUUUGUGUAAAUACUGUAUUUCACUAAGCUCAGUUUAGAGAUGUUAGAACACCUCUGAACAGCCCAUCCCCAACCCCCUAUUCCAUUAAACAAUGCAGAAACCGCUCUCUGGCUCAGGGUCCAUUUUGAAGUGAAGGCAUAUGGGAAGACAGGGCUUUGACCUCUUAUCCACAGUGAGGGCCAACCAGGGCCUUCCUCGCUGUCUCCAUAAUACUACCUUGUCCCUCUUCUUGCUGGUGCUCUGCAGGAGGAAGAGAACGGAGGCAAUCCAUGCAGUUAUAGUGCCUUAAAACCAUCCUUGCGUGCCUCCCCUCCCUGUAGUCCUUCACCAUCUAUAGUCCUUAAUUAAGGUGCUUGCAUCCAACCCUGCAGACUUAGGGAUUGGUCUGGAUAGAUUAGCCGGUCCCCUGUCUCUUUCCCAAAUCCCAUUCCUGUCCAUCUGUACCUGACCACAUCAACAUCCCAAUUCCCCUCCCCCGCUCCCUGCCUCUAUCCAAGCACACGAUUGCUUUAUAUGCUCCCCUUUGCCCUGUACCCACCCCUUUCCUCUUCUCUGUCCUCAUCUACCAUGCUCCAAGCUCUGGUGCUGAUCUCCUGGAAUCUUAUGUCUUUACCCCAAUCCCAAAUUCCUUGUCCUGCCUCUAUCUUCAUGCCUAACCCUGUCCCCAUCCCCUUCCCUCUAGCCCUAAACGCUGUCUCCCUGUCCCCAGCACCCCGUUUAUCUUCAGUCCUCUUCCUGUCAGUGAUGCAACCUGGUGUAGGCUUGUUCCAACUGGGUUUGCCCGGUGUGACCGGCCUGCCCUGCCACAGGUGCCAGCUGCCCCCAUGCUUCAAGCCCAAGCACAAGCACUUAAAGCACUUUAGCUGCACCGCUACUCGCCAAUGCAUGCAGUUAAAGACAAUUGGACCUAUCUGCAUCUGCAUACCUUUCCUUAGAGGUAAAGUUAGAUGAAACGAUGUGAUAUUGUAAGAAAACAAUAAUAACUUAGGAAGAAAAAAAAAAAACGAAAGCUACACCAGGACUUCUGACAGUGAACUUAGCGAACACCCCUCAGAAUUUCCAUUCAAUGCAACUAUUUUCUUUUUUGUUGUUGUUGUUUUUGUUUUUUUGAAAAUACUUGUAUGAUCUUAUGCCAACAUAACUCCACAAGGUGGACACAGCACCAAAUAUGCAUUCACACAAGUGGUAGGGGGUCUGAGGGAGGAGGCGUGAUCCUCCCCAAGGAACUUCCUGCCUGAUGCUCUCCCACAUCCUGUGUAAAGACUUGAAAAGUGGAGAAUGCCGACAAAGAAUGCUAGCCCAGUAGCAUGGUAACAUGGAAUCGGCUGUAUAUUCACAUUGAUAGACAGCAACAACUUAAAACCAACCUGUUGGUGCUAUAUCCCAUUCUAUUCAAAGACUUGAUGUAAGGGGAGGAACAUAAGAGUAUGUUAUGUUAAGUUAUUCCCUCCCUAUUAUUUGUAAGUGUGUCUUUACAUAUAUAUAUAUAUAUAUAUAUAUAUAUAUAUAUAUAUAUAUUCCUGGCCAGCUAUGUGUCUGAUGAGACAUCAUGUACAGUACUUAAGAGUAAAAAUAAAGUUAUUUAUCUAAGAAAGAAUUAUAAGCUGAUCCAAACUACGUUUUCUUAUGAACAAUUCAGUGACUCACCGAUUGCACAACAAAGUCUAUAUGAUUCAGUGUAUUUUGGGGAAUAUAAUCACUAAUGAAUGUUUUUUUAAGAACCUUUUCCUUCUGUAUCUCAGCAGUGUCAUUUGUAAGCUCCAUGCCCUGUGGGUGAUUUAACCCAUGGCAGAUCUCUGUCAGUCAGGCACUCAGGUCUCUGGUCAUCUUAGUUCACUGCCUUUACAGGCCAUUGAACCUCUCACCUCUCAGUAAGUCACUUCUCUCCAUGCACACCCAGCCAUCCCGCCUCAGUUUGUAGUGCAGAGCCAGGGUCACUUCUGUAUGUCACUUUUUUUUCCUGCUGGUCACGUAAGAAUCUCUCUGUUCACGGGUAAAUGUACUUUGUUUUUCAUUUUAAGUUUAUCCUUUAAAGAGUUUUUGAUUCAAGCUUUUCAUGAUACUAAACUAGAAAUCACACAGCUAUUAUUUUCUUUGAGAAAGGAAAUGAUUUUGAUUCAAAUAUAAUUUGUAUUUAAUGUCUUUUUUAAAUAAAAAAUGAACACAUUUUAA